CCUACAAAAACUCCCCACACGCCGCAGCCUCCCGCCGUUUCCAUCCGCAGCAGCCCUGAGCGUUUCUCGGUGAACGCAACGCGCACACACACACCAGACCAGCCCAGUCGCCAGUCCAAGUCCAUUUGCCCGGUCCGUCCUGGGCAGCGACCGCGGUUUGACUCCGGGAGCCAAAAACCCAAAUCCACGCCUGGAAUCGCGAGGAUUUGGUUGGGGGUGGGGGGCUUGAUUUUCUUUUCUCCGCCCGUUUUAGCCGACGCUGACCGAGACAACACCGGCCAUCCCCACACAAAACCGGCUGCCCGCGCCGCGAUACGCACACCGGCGCCCAAAACCCACCGUCUCCACGCCCGAUUUUUGAACCGCUCCGCCCACCCAACCCAAACCUUCCUUCCUCCUCCUCCCCUCCCCUCCCCUCCCCUUUGGUUGGGUGGGGAAAAAAGGAAAGCGGCCAGGAGGGAGGAGGGCAAGAAACCGCCGCGGAAGGAAGGAAACUGAAGCGGCGACCCAUCGGGCUCCGGCCAUGGAGCGCUGCCAUCCCUCCGAGGUGUACGAGCUCUUCGUCCGCCACAUGAACACCCCGAGCGUGGUGGUCGACAACGGGGUGUGCGAGACGGCGACGCUGGUGCAGGUGCACAGCGCGCGGAAGCACGGCGUGCUGCUGGAGGCGGUGGCCGCGCUGUCGGAGCACGGCGUCUGCGUCCGCAAGGGCUACAUCUCGUCCGACGACGGCCGGUGGUUCAUGGACGUGUUCCACGUCACCGACGCCGCGGGACGCAAGGUCGCCGACGCCGACAAGCUGCUCGUCCGCCUCGACUCCUCGCUCGCCGCCGCGGCGGCCGCGACCGACGCAUUGCCGCCCGCCAAGGAGGCGCUCUGCCUGCUGGAGCUCAUCGGCGUCGACCGCCCGGGGCUGCUCUCGGAGGUGUUCGCCGUGCUGCACGACCUGCGCUGCAGCACCGUGGACGCCAAGGCCUGGACGCACGGCGGCCGCGUGGCCGCCCUGGUGUUCGUCCGCGACGAGGACACCGGCGCGCCCAUCCACGACGCGGCCCGGAUCAGGCGCAUCGAGUCCCGGCUCAGGCACGUCCUCCGCGGCGGCGCGCGCGGCGCGAGGACGGUACUGCUCGACGCCGCGGCGGUCGGCAACCUGGACCGGAGGCUCCACCAGCUGCUAAGCGAGGACAGGGAGGCCGACCGCCGCGCCCCCUCGGAGGGCCCGACGACGGCGGCCACGGCAGUGGCGGUGCAGGAGUGGGGGGAAAGGGGGUACUCGGUGGUGACCGUGAGCUGCCGCGACCGGCCGAAGCUGCUGUUCGACGUGGUCUGCACCUUGACGGACCUGGACUACGUGGUGUACCACGGCACCUUCGACACCGACGGCGAUCACGCGCAGCAGGAAUUCUACAUCCGGCGGCUGGACGGGCGGGCGAUCAGCUCGGAGGGCGAGAGGCAGCGGGUGAUCCAAUGCCUGCAAGCGGCGAUCGAGAGGCGCGCGUCCGAGGGCGUGAGGCUGGAGCUGCGCAUCUCCGACCGGCGCGGGCUGCUCGCCUACGUGACGCGGGUGUUCCGGGAGAACGGCCUCUCGGUCACGCACGCCGAGAUCACCACCAGGGGCGACAUGGCGGUGAACGUCUUCCACGUCACGGACGUGGCCGGCCGCCCCGCCGACCCCAAGACCAUCGACGAGGUCAUCCACGGCGUCGGCACCGACUGCCUCCGGGUGGACGAGGAGCGGUGGCCCCGCCUCUGCUCGACGGAGGGGGACGCCGGCGCCGGCGCCGGCGCAGGCCUCUUCUCGCUGGGCAGCCUCGUGAAGAAGAACCUCUACAACCUCGGCCUCAUCAGAUCCUGCUCCUGAAGGACCGGAGGAGGAAGACGCGUGUCGGACGGGAUGGCUGUGUGAAUAUGGGACGGUACAGGGGUUAGUUUGUAAAAUACAGUAUUAACUAGGAGUAGGUCUUAUUUCCUAGGCCUAGUGGUUACGUGUACAUAGCAGACACGAGGAAGUUGCUGGUGGUCGUGUAUAUACGUAUGUUCCAUUUACGUGCAAGUAGACAAAUAGAACGAUGUAAAUAGGAUUUGUACAUAUACGUACUAUGCUAUACUAGUGCUUUAGUUCCUUGUA